GGUUUAGAAUUGAGUAUUUUAUUAUUAUAAAGCAUUUGAUUCAUCGGAUAACGGACUUGGAAUAAAAUCAUUAAAUUUUAAUUUAUAAAAUGACUAUUCGGCCUUUGUCACCUGAACUCGCAGAAAAGGCUCGGGUGGAGCUGAACGAAGACCCGAAUAGAAUUGAGAGUGAUCUCCAACAUAUUAAGGACUGGUUAACAAAACAACCGCACUUAAGAGCUUGUACAGAUGAUCAAUGGCUGAUAGCAUUUCUGAGAGGCUGUAAGUACAGUCUCGAGAGAACAAAGGAAAAGUUGGAUCUUUUUUAUUCACUACGUAACCUCGCGCCAGAAAUUUACAACGUCCAACAUAACGAUGCAAAAUUUGAUACAUUUAUGAAUAUCGGCUCAUACUUAGUGCUGCUAAAUACAGAGACUCCAACAUCUCCGCGGACAGCAAUAAUUCGUCCCGGCACCUAUGACCCUGAUAAACUUAACGUUGCUGAUUUUUACUCUGUAACAUCAAUAAUUCAAAAGAUUUUACUUUUUGAUGACGACCAAAGUGUAAUCUCCGGCAACCAAUGGAUAAUCGAUUUAAAAGAUGUCAAGAUCGGUCAUCUGUUGCAAAUGACUCCAACAAUAAUGAAAAAGAUGGUGUUUAGCUCGCAGGAAGCUGCACCAAUACGCAUGAAGGGAACUCACUUUGUAAAUACACCGCCUGCGUUUGAGAGAAUAUUAAAUACAAUGAAGGGUUUCUUAAAUGAAAAAAAUAGGAACAGACUCUAUGUAUAUCAAAAUUACGAAGAAUUAUAUGAAAAUAUACCUAAAUCAAUACUUCCUAAGGAAUAUGGAGGAGAUUCAGCAUCUAUAAAGGAAAUAAUAGAUUAUUGGAAUGCUAAAAAGUUAGAAUUUGAUUCAUGGUUGAAGGAAGACAUGAAAAAUGGAACAGAUGAAUCGAAACGACCAGGUAAGCCGAAGACGGCAGAGAGUUUAUUUGGAGUUGAAGGAUCCUUCAGACAAUUGGAUUUUGAUUAAUAAUCCAAGGCCUGUAUCAACAUUUUAUGGGACAUUAAAC